AAACCAUCAAUAUGAUAGAAUGAGACACCGUCAGAUCAACUCUCACUUCAAUCUUGGAUGCAUUUAAUGUACUGCCGUGCCGUCGCUGAGCCCAUCGCGGAUUUUGACGCUGCCUAAGACAGUUCACGGUCUCUGCAGAUCUGAACGCUGCCUCCGACACCGCGUAUAAGAUCUCGGCGACCCAUCCCCGUCCACGAUUGCGAAUCUCACCGAUACCAACAUGACCUCUUCUACAAUCACCGACGAGGACUGGGGUACCUCUGAUAGCGCCACCCCACCAUCAUCCACAAUGUUUCCUCCCUCCAAUCCAGCUUCUCUUACUCGAGUUGCGCCUAAAGUGCAGGGCACAAACCUCAUCGAUGUCCUCUCCCUUUAUCCUAUCCUCCGCAGCGUUGCGUCAUACCUCACCACCAACGAGCUGAGGAACCUCGCCCUAUCCAGCUCCGGGCUAUGGGAAUGCACAAACACAACCGAUAUGACGCUCCGCGGCUUGAGUAUGCUCACAGCUUGCGACAAUCGAAAGCAUUUCCGCGACACUUUGGAGGCGUGCGAAUUGCACGAAGAACUCCCGACGUACGUGCCGAUAGAGUGCUGCAAGAAAUUCGAUGCGCAGCCUUGCGAGAGGUGCAACGCCAUGGUUUGCAGAGCCUGCCGCGGCACCUACGAAUCCCUCCAGCUCGACCGCAUUCCUUCCCAGGCGCGCGAACUCUACAUGUGCGAUUUCUGCAUGGAAGAAGCCUGCCCCUACGCCACCUCCAUCUCCGCCUCGAAGCCCUGCCUAUGCACCUCUGUGGAGACGGCGCGAGACCGCUGGCACUGCAUGUCGUGCGCCGUGAAGGUGUGCACCGACGACAUGGAGCGCCUGAAGCGCCUGUGCGAUCACUACAAGAAGAACUUGGUCAUACGCCGGCCCCAUCUCGAGUAUCACGAGGAGUACAGGGCGUACUUCCCGCCCGAGGAAGCGUUGCUGGUGAAUGCCGGGUUGAGCUUGCGGUUCAACGGUUACGAGGAGAAGGCCCUGGCUUGUGAGUGCGAUAGGAAGGCGAAUCCGGAGGUUGGGAUCGCGCAUUGCGCGUGCUGUGGCCUCGGAACGCGCAAGGGGGAUGUUGCGAUCGUAGGCUGCGCGUGGUGCGGUGCGCAGAUCACUAAGUCCUCUCCUUGCCCGCCUACGUAUCACAGGCAUGCUUAGGGGACUUCAAUACGGCGUCUAUGUGGGAAAAUUUUGGCUUCCAAUACCCCUUUUCUCUGCCAGUCAGCUUUCUUUGUAGUCUAGUCCGAGCAAAUCAACUCGAAAACUAUACUCGAGUUCUAUACGUUUACCGC